AGUCGAGAUUCCGUUCAACGUUGACGUGGUUUUCGUCGUCGCGUGCCCGUGACCCAUCCAUCCAUCCAUCGCGCCGCCGGAAUCAAUCAACUUCAACACUUCCAGUUCCAGUCCCAGACAGGUAACUCUACCUGAGUCGCUCGCCGGACAUCCACGCGUCUUCUUUGAUGCGGCUUGAAAGAAGCGCAUCCCUCGCCCGACGCGCGUACGAGAGCGAGCAGCCUUUUUCGAAUUGCUGUGCGAGAGAGUUGCGGAAAAGGGUGGUGAGAGAAAAGGCGCACCACGCGCGCUGAUGGGACGAAGAGAGAAGUGAAAUAUAUUAAUUUUGAAAUAAAUUAUAAAAGCGAUCCGCGGAGGACGGUCCGCUUCCAGACUGAGAGUGAGUGCAGUGCAAGGCCCAACUUCCUCCCGAACCGAUCAUCGCCGUGGCCGUGGUCACAAUCGCCGAGGAUCAUCCAGGAAUCUAUCUCCUGCGCGUAUAAAAUCGAGAUCAGUUUGGUGGUGGCGUUUCUGGAGAUCGGUCGGCUAACCAGUGUUGGGAAAAGUCGAUCAGUUGAACGAGUUCACAUCCGCAUCCGUGAAAUCGAGUGAAAUUGUUGGUGAAGAGUGAAAUUUCAAAGUCGCGCGUUGUCAUUCAAAGUUUUGUCAUUCGUCGUUUUCUUACGGUUCGGUGUGGUUUGCAGCGCUGUGGCUUCGCGUUGGAUCACAGUACAUACAAAUUGGAGUCGUCGCUUCGGCGAUUCACGAAUUGCAGCAGUCGCAGUAAACCACGGUGGCAGAAAAUGGUUCAAAUCGAGUUCGGUCACCACGUAGUAAUGGAACCGCUCCACCGAGCCCGCUAGUAACUAGUUAUUGUUGAAAGUGCGGCGUGCCUUCUCCUCGACUAUAAGCGAAAAUCGCGAAACCAAACCGUAUACAAACGCGCGAACUCAAACGCGAAAUAUAUAAAAACCGUUCAAGCUGAUGCAUAAUUUUGCACGAGGGGCAAUAAAAGAGAAAUAGUUGGAUAAGUGAGUGAUUUAGCUGUAUUUUCUUCGGACAUUGCUAUUUCGGUUAGUCGUUUCAUUUCAUUACAAUUUGUUUUUUGAAGAUUUGCAAUUUUUCAUCCCAAGCUGUGUGUCACUAUUAUCCCUUAAGGUAAUCCAUAUCGAUUAUAUAUCUUUAUUGUUUUGCACGAACAGAAGAAAGAUUCACUCAAUAACAUUACAUCAAAGUCAGACAACAGAGGCGAAAACAGCAAACAUAGUAACACACAAAACGUAAGACAAAGAAGAUUAGAGUAAAGAAGACGUGUUAGCAAAACAUAACAACUCAAAAGGAAAACGAAAAGAACGUGUGAACUAGUUGGAAAAGUGAAAAAUCAGUAAACAUUGUGUUUGUGUGAGUUACAGAAAACAGAAAAAACCACUGCAUUUCAACAUCAAGGAUCUACGAAAACAAAAGAUUCCGCGCCGCCAGUAUCAGCCAGCAGGUUGGAAAGCUGAGUCUCCGCUAGGAGCCAUCAACGGAGCACGACGACUAGAAGCGCGAGAGAUGCGGAACUUGGAUAAGCUGUGGUGGUGGCGGCCAACUCCGCCCUCGCUGCACCGGAUAAGCCUGCCGAAAAAUAACUGCUCCAAUACACUCCUGCUUGCCGUACUCGUGCUCCUCUGUUCAUCGUUGUCAGUAGUACAAACAGGUCCAGUCACCAGGUCACGUCGGAUGCUGCGAGAGAUCCACAGUGAAAACACCGAUACGAAUGUUCAGAAUGUCACCAAAUUUUUCGCCGACACAUGCCUCUACGAUGGUACGCAAGUGUCCCGGACGAGUAUCACCUGCGAGAAGAAGCACGGUUGUAGGGCGAUUCAGAAGACGGGCGAAUGCUGUCCCGACUAUCAGUGUGAAUGCCAACGGGAUGGGAAAGUGUACUCCAACGGAGAGAAGGUCUUCGAUCCUGAAACGCCCUGUCGUGUGUGCUACUGUCAAGGUGGAGAACUAUCAUGCAGCCAGGUAUCUUGCUACAAACGACACGAUUGUGAGCCCAAGUUUAUACCAGGCCGAUGCUGCCCAGAAUAUGACAACUGUCCUCCUCUUGAAAACUCCAACAUCGCAGAACCCACCUCACCUGUGGCCGAGUCCAGCGAACUGAAGGAAACCGAACUUGUAACCGAUGACCUGCUAGACGCAGAAAACAAGAAGCUGUCGUCGAUCACAUCCAACGACGUUACAGCAGCUGGUACAACCACGCCAAGCACAACAACCGUUAGCACCGAAGGUUCAACAACCGCCAAGCUUCAAAUUCCAGCCGCAAGUAACAACCCACUGGGCAUUAAAAUCAAAGAGAUCACAAAACCGGAGGAGAUCCGAUUGACCGAUUCCAGGCCGAAAAUCACCACAACGACCGGCAGCGCUAACAGUCUCGAAGUUGUGGCUCAUCCAUCCACGGAGUCAUCCUCUGCCACGUCAGGUCACAGCGAAGAAGCCGUAAACCUGGAACACUUGGACCUCAACAUAACCGACGACGGCGAAGAAGGAAUGAAGAAUGUCCGACACACUGAAGACGAGUUGCCAGCCAACGGAACAUCUGAGGUUACCGAUUCAAGCGAAAGCUCUACUGCCGGUCCAUCUGAUUCGUCGUCGUCUUCGGUGGAAAUUGAGGCUUCGUCAGAAGUGAACAGCUUCAGUUCGACAACAGUCAGAAUAUCAGUUCCGUCAACGGUAUCGACUACCACCGCCUUGCCCGAUGAUGUAUCUGACGAAGUUACUAAAAAGGAUAAACCACUGCCUGCCGUGGUUCAAAUCGGAGAUAAGCUGGUAAUUGUGGAUCACAACCAACCUAAACCGAUUACGGUGAUUCAGGUCGAGGAGGUCGCUGGGUUGCAGCGAGGAGAGGACGAUAUUUCGUAUGAUCAGGAAAUGUACACAGAUAGAGCACCAGAAACUCCUAAACAUAUGAAACUAGAGAGCGGCGAAGAGGAGAUGUUGUCAACACAAGCGGAUUCCAGUGUUGCUUUCGAGACGGUUUAUCACGGGGGAUCGACGGAGAAUCUGGCUUCGGAAGAAGUGUUCGAAACGCAGCAUUAUACAGAAGGGCCAGAGAAUAGUGCUGAAAAAAAUGAGACUCACAGUGAUCAGCUGUUGGCAAGCAGUGAGGAGUUCAUUCAAUUGACGCCCUCUUCGGACAAGCCGGUGAGAUUGGAAGAAGAGCAUACGACGUUGAACUCGUUGGCAACGAGUGUGGAGGAAGGAAGCACAACCUUGGCGGAUUUGGGUAUGAGUUCGGCAAGCUCAGAGGCGUCAGGAGAUGAGGUGUAUGAAACACAUUUUUAUACCGAAGGGCCGGUAAGUUCCUCGGAAACGACAGAGGCAGUAGGAAAUGCACUUGGUGACACUUCGGAAUCGGCAACGGCAGUGAAGGAAACUCCUUCGGAUGAUAUGGCGGCAACUGAGAGCAAGCCUUACAUUGAAGAUGAUGAGCAUGAUUUGAUUCAACCUGGGUUCCAACCCAUUCCGGAAGAUUUCAGCUUAAGAGAUCAACCAGCGAUGGAAGAUGAUUUGGAACCAUCGACGGCUUCGGCGAAAAGUGAGCGCAAAGAGGACGUAGGAACCCCAAAAAUUCUGUCGGAAGUUCUUGAGUAUAAGCACAAUACGAGUAGUUCAACGGAAACUACCAGCGAAGGGGACAAUGAUGUGACGAUUUCACCAUCGUGGCUAAAAGAAGAGUCGAAACCGAUGCUCCGGGCCCCAGGUGAGCCUCACUUGAUUCCAGAAUGGGAACGAAGCAAUGUCACAGUCAGCAACUCGUCGCUUGAAGAGGAAUUCAGUGGUGCCGGAGAGUUUCACGUAUUGAAAAUGAAUUCCGAGGAGUACAUCGAUAGUUCUGCUGAGGGAAGCGGGGGACAUUCAAUUAGGAAGGAACCCGAGGAGACAACUCUAGCGCCAUCAAAGAGUUCGCUGCAGGAUAUCGAUGCGUUGGAAAGUGGGUCCUCUUCGGAGUCAGACAGUGUAAAGCAUAACCCCAAAAACGACGUCGAAAGUGUCAAGUAUGAUGAAGAUGAAAACAGUACAGUUCAAGAGGUACUACCCAAACAGGUAAAACCUAGUGUUUGAGUUUGAGGUUCGGCAGUGCAUUAUAGGAUUAUAGUAGAAUUCAAUCAAACUGAACUAGGAACUAGCUAAUCGAAUUUACAGAAUCAAGUAUUUAGCUGAUCUGCAGCGAUAAGAAACAGGUGUUUGCGGAAUCCCUCGUUUCAGGAAGGAGUUAGAACUAGGUGCCAGUUGAUCGAAAGACGCAAUUCUUCGAUUUUUUGUCUUUGACUAUUCGAUAUAGGGUUAUUUAUGAUUCCUCCUGUUUUCGAUUCGCCCAGAGGCCCAAUCCGUUAGCGAAGUGAGAGAUGGUUCUAAAACAGUACGCUUUAGACGGUUCAUUUUAGUGCCAUUACCCUCGGACGCACAAGAACAAAUUCUGAACUGGACACACACACACACAUUGAUCAAGCCAACCUUAAUUACAAGAAAAACCUUAAAUGAAUUUGUUUGACCAAUUUCCAAACAGUUCAACAAAUCAUUAAACAUGCUAUUUGACUGAUCCGUCGAAAUUGUCUCAAAUCUAUUUCUGAGUUGGGGUGAGAUUUUUCCGAUCAACGAAAAAUUAUGCAAACACCCCAAAAAAGGAAAAAAAAGUGCAAUCACUCAUUAAGUUUUCGUUUAUAUAUAUUUCGGUCUAUUAACUGAUUGUGAACCAACGGAAGUAGUAGCUGUCAGCCUGUAGUCCUCAGAGACUUCAUGUUAUGGUGAAGCGACGAACCCUAGAUGAAAAAUUGUACAAAAUAUGAAACAGGAACAUAUCCAUGGCAAAUAGGAAUGCGAAAAAAGUCAAAUUUACGUUCGUAUAAGGCGUAUCCUCCUAUAUUCCUCCCCAAAAUAACUUUAGUUACACGUAAACUGGCUCAAAUGAUGAUCGAAGCAAAUUAUUAGUCGUUGUUGUAAGUUAUUUAUUACGAAAAGGUUUCUCAAUUUAGGCAGCACAACACCAAAAUUUAGAAGAAAAAACACUAAAACUGGAGAAAAUACACCGGAAAUCAAUCGACGAAACACUCAACAGAGAGGCAUGUGAUAGUUCUUACGUUACGUUGAAAAAAAAAUACCAUUUCAAUUGAAAUGGAGUUGAAUCCUUUAAUUGAACGACAUUAUUUGUAGAGACCCAAUAACACACCAGGAUCGACAGAAUGAAUAACCGAUCCGGAAUUCUUAGUUUAAGUUUAAGACUGUUACUAGCGAUAGUUGAUGAUUAUUUGCAAUUACACACUGAAUUGAAGGAAUAUGAUUAUUUAUUGAUUAUUUAUAGUCGAUGCUGAAUGUCUGCUCAUGGACAUUUGGUUGAUUUCAAGUUCAUCUUCAUUUCAAGUGUCAAUAAAAAAAACGACGUAGUUAGUCGAGGGCGGGACCAAUAAACCCGCCACCCUUAGAAAAUAGUAGGCAUUUUCUCAAUUUGUAUCAUUAUUAUUAAUAUUAUUAUAACUUUCAUAAUGACUUUAGGUAAAUAAAAAAACAAUUAUCAUUUCAUUCAUAGAGAGAUAAGUCCCCCAAAAAUCCCUCAAAUGUUCGUGUAGAAUUAGUGAGAAUCGUUAGGAAAUGACAUGCAAUUAUUACUGAUGAAAAAGAAAGUCAUACUUGUAAUUCGAAUUAUUCAGUGUAAACUAUAUCAGUUGAUGAUGAGGAAGCCAUCUGUUCGUCUCUCCUAGAGGUCUCUUUCAAGUAGAACCAUACUGGAACUAACUAUUCAGUGCGUACUAUCUGAAAGAAGGAAUAUUCCGUGGAGAUGGAAAGAUGAUCAGGUGGCAAAGAAUUAUAAUCCCUUGCUAGACGAAACAGUCGAUCAAUUAAGGAAUGUAAAAUAAAAUUAAAUGGAAACAAAAACAACAUUUAUAAAA